UUGAUUGGUUUGUCUUGUCUUCUUGAUGUUUAUCUGUUUGUUUUAAUUGGGGGGGGGAAUUGAAGGCUUCUUCCAUGCAUGCAGUCUCCUGUUGGGUGGCUUUCCUGAGUGUGUCCAGCUUAGUUUUCUGUAUUAACAAGUCUAAAUGUCUGUUUCUGGGAGUGUGGCUUCAUAGGGUUUUAGGUGUAAUGCUGACAUCUUGGGCAAUAAGACCUUGGCAUAUGGUGCUGAACAAACAAGUGGCGGUGGUCACGAGGAGACGGUAUUGGACAGAUUGUGAAGAUGAGAUGCUUUAUUUAGAGCUGGCCUCCAACAGCAUGAACGUGGUUCUGAAUAAUUCUGUGAAUACAAAGGGGCUUUGGUCCAAGCCUGCUGACAAAUGACUUCCAGCAGUCUUUGGAUAGUGUCUGUGGUAGACUGGAAGUCAUGGGGUGGGGGGGGAACCACUUCUGGUAGAAAGUAUCCCAACAGGAAUGGUGCUGGAUGUUGUUUCAUUUUCCAGACCGUGGCAGCUCUGUGUGUGUCCUCCUGAGAUCCUCCAAGCAUUCACUGAUGUUUGUGAAGAAUUAGAAUAACUUCCUAAAGGUUCUUCUGUAAGAAGAUCUGGACCCUGUUGACUGUUUUUUCAAGUACAGUUUUGAAUGAUCUGGCUGUAUAACAUUCUCUUAAUAUUACUGCUGUCUUUUUGAGGCAUCUCAUAUUGGCAUUCCUUUUUAGGACUGGGGAAGGGAAACUCUACCAGAAUAACAUGGUAGAUAGAACUACUGAUUUUAGUGCUCCUUAAAGAUAUUGGUAGUAUUUCAAAGUGUGUUGGUGGUUUUUUUUUUUUUUUUGCAGUUUAAAAAUAAUUUCAGUGGGUAGUACUUAGAGUUGAUCUAAAGAACAUCUGGCUCACUACUUGGCAAACCAAAACUGAGAACUUUCAUUUGCUAAAUUCGCUUUAGAAAUAGUUCAACUUUAUUUUAAAAGAGCAAUUUUUGUUUACUUAAGUUGACAAUGUCUCUUGCAGUAAGCAAAGCUAAGAUUACAUAUUUCACUUUGGUCCCCAUACGAAUGGGGAUGUGUUUGGACCUGGCUUCUUACAUGAAUUUUAUUGAUUAUAAAUUUAUGAAGAUUAUUUGAUAUGAAACACUGGCAGCCUUUAACAAAGGUGUCCUUUUGUUUCGGGACCUGUUUAGCUACAGUGCUGAUAAAAGCACUGAACGUGACAGGGCUAAAAAGCAAUGCCUCUUCGGUAGCUGCUGGGGAUCUCAGUGACCUCUCUUCCUCUUGAGGCAUGAGCAUAUUCACGUUUCACAAUCUCUGUUUUAGAGAAAGCAUAAACUCUUUAAAUUUUUCCCAAAGCACCAACUCCGAGCCAAUGUGUCAUAUGCAGCGCUGCCUACUGAGCUUCGAGAGAUGCUACAGCGGAGGCUUGGGGACCUGGAGCGCCAACUCCUGAGCAAAGUGGCCGAGCUCGAGGAUGAAAAGUCUUUGCUUCACAAUGAGACAUCAGCCCACCGGCAAAAGACAGAGACAGCCUUGAAUGCGUUGCUAGAAAGAGUGUCUGAAUUAGAAAAAGGUAACAGUGCAUUUAAAUCACCUGACGAAUUCAAAGUGUCCCUGCCUCUUCGCACAAACUACUUGUAUGGGAAGAUCAAGAAGACUCUGCCAGAGCUGUAUGCUUUCACUGUGUGUUUGUGGUUGAGAUCAAGUGCUUCUCCUGGAAUUGGCACUCCAUUUUCAUAUGCUGUUCCUGGGCAGGCUAAUGAAAUUGUUCUCAUAGAGUGGGGUAAUAAUCCAAUUGAACUUCUAAUUAAUGAUAAGGUUGCCCAGCUCCCCCUCUUUGUUAGUGAUGGAAAAUGGCAUCAUAUCUGUGUAACAUGGACAACUAGAGAUGGCAUGUGGGAGGCUUUUCAGGAUGGAGAGAAGCUUGGCACCGGAGAGAAUCUGGCUCCGUGGCACCCAAUUAAACCUGGAGGUGUCCUGAUCCUCGGUCAGGAGCAGGACACAGUAGGAGGAAGAUUUGAUGCAACUCAAGCCUUCGUUGGGGAGAUGAGCCAAUUCAAUAUAUGGGACAGGGUCUUAAAAGCUGAAGACAUCAUGAAUAUUGCCAACUGCUCUACCAACAUGCCUGGCAACAUCAUACCCUGGGUUGAUAAUAACGUUGAUGUGUUUGGAGGUGCAACUAAGUGGCCUGUGGAGACAUGUGAAGAGCGCCUGCUAGAUUUAUAGCUGGAAUUGUUUCCCAGUUAAGUGCCCCAUUUUAGUAGGACAAUCUUUUGUGCAAUCUAAAGCACUUAUUUUUCUCUCUGCCCUUCCCUAACUCAUCAGAAAAAAAAAAAAUGAGUAAACUGCCUGGGUGCAGAGAGAGCUAGCAGUUUGGGGCAUUGAGCCUGACGAUGCAAGAAGCACCUCUUGGCUAGAGCAGCCCUUACUUUCUUACAGCCUGGUCUAAAAUGUGCUUUGGUCUGUAAUAGCCUUUUGGGCUAUUUAGUACAUCAGUGGCAGGGAGGGGGAGCAGCCUUGUACAUGUUAACUAUAGUACUCCUUUUGA